AUGCCUCUACGACGACGGUUCCACAAGAAGAACCGUCACGGUUGCUCACAAUGCAAGAGGAAUCGGACAAAGUGUGAUGAGAAGAGGCCGACCUGUGGACGUUGCAAGAGAAUAGGGUCCGCUUGUUCAUUAACGAGUCAAUCCCCUGCUCUCACGUUCAUCCCAUUUCAGCAGCCGACGGGCGGUCGAAUUGAUAAUGAAGCUGUGAUGGGGGAGCCUAGCCUGGCCUCGUUCAGUAGACCCGCUGGGUCGAGCAAUACUUCGUCAUCGUCCAACACCACCGGAUUCACAGCGAGAUCGGACCGAACGACGGCACCGGAAAUGCAGUUGCUGUCGGCCUUGGAGCGAGACCGGUUACGGCUGAUGAACCACUACACCCUGCAUACGGCCAAAGCGAUGCUCGAGGUGACCCAUCCGGGGCACACGGAUCCCUCAAUCUGGUCCAAUCGGGUUCCGGAGCUCGCCUCCCAGUAUGACUUUCUCCAGUACGGGCUGUUGAGCAUCAGCGCCUUAGAUAUGGCUUUACAUGGCGUCUCCCGCCGCAAGGAGCACAUCAUUCUGGCGACCAAUCACUACGGUCUGGCAGUUGCCGCCGUCCGGCCAUAUCUAACCAACAACCAUCUAGGCCAGAACCCAGACACCGUCGGUGCGCUUUUUGCCUUCCAAUGCUUCGUGAUCGCGUAUGCCUUCAGGAUCCAAGUCUGCACCGAACAACCCGCCAGAAGCCCCAUCGAAACCAUACAUAAUAUUCUCGUUCUCUUGCACCGGUCCCCGCACAGCGUCGUAUUCCAGCACGAGGGUUCAUCGGCUCUCACCCCCUGGGUCUCCUUGUAUCCUCCGCCACCUUCGGAUCCAGACCGCAAGCUUCCCGCGGAGAUCGAGGCUGCGCUUGACGCGAUCCGGCGACGUCUCUCGGCAGCGGGUCUCCCGACGACCCACGCGACGAUGUAUACCUCAGCCCUUCAGACCCUGAGAACAGCCCUUCUCAUCGCGAUUGGGUAUCAUAAAACGCAUAUGACUUAUGGAUACUUCCCAACGUGCGCGUCGGUGGCGCUCUGCGUCCUCGCGAAUUAUAUGGUCAUCUUGCAUUGGCGGAGCACCUAUGUCGUCCAUGCUACUCGUCAGAUUCUAUCAGCGGAGUGGCAUCCGUGCUUCGCCUGGGCUAUUUCGGAGACUGAGCGUGUGGGCGGCAACAAGGGACCGGCUGGUCUAUUGUCAGCAUAAUGUGGCGUCGAGACCGGGCUCGUGAGGAGCAGGAGGCUUGCUCGAGACAGAUUGGACUGUACUGCACUGUAUUGUGUAGACUUCCCAACAUUGUAACACAAGGGCAAACCAAAUCCCCUCAAGAAGACAUUCCGAAGAAGGAGUUUCGAAUCAGCCCGGCUCAAUCCUUCUCAGUACUAUGCAUCUCCGGCCCUACCUUCCCAGCAUGAUCCCAGAUGCGUCAGCUACGUGCUACAUUUCUAGUUCACAAGCAGACCCUUGCUUCAGAACAUACCAAUUUCACCAUUUAAAAAGGGCACUCUAUCUCCACUCCCGCGCCACAUGUCCGAGUACCCAAUUCCAGCUACCGCAUAAACCCAGCCGUGGGUCCAUCGUCCAUCUCAGAGACUGUUCAUAAUACUCCAUGCAGAUCCUGCUUCAAUCCUAGCCUCAACUCUUACGACCCGGAGAAAUAACUUAGUAGAUUGCAACCUUCUCACAG